GACACUCAUGCUGGUCUAUGAGACUGUCUGUCUGAACACAGGAAGCUGAUGAUGUUAAAGAAAGAAAGACUGUCAGAAAGAGAAAAUGGCUGAUAAGUGUCAUUUGUGUCUGCUGGGACUGAUCAUUCUCUCUUCACUUCUCGCAGGUACCAGUGGAGCGGAUGAUGCUCAUGUGUUCAUCAGUUCUGGUGAAAACGUCCGUCUGCCCUGUAAUAAUGCUCUUCCUGACUGCAAAUCAACUACAUGGAUCUAUCAUAACGGAUACAAUCAUUCAGCAGCAGCUGAACUGAUUAAUUUAGGUAUAAAGACGAAAGACACAGAGAGUCAUGAGAGACUGAGUCUGGGGUCUGACUGCUCUCUGAACAUCAAGAAUGUCACAAAAGAAGAUCCUGGAUCUUAUACCUGCCGUCAAUAUGUGAAUGACAAACAACAAGGAACUGAUGCUCGUGUUUUUCUGCAUGUUCUUCAUGUCUCUUCAUCAUCCUCACAGACUGAGAUCAGUGCAGGCCGCUCUGUGACUCUCUCCUGUCAGUUGUAUUCGUCUGGAGUCUCUUGUGAUGAUUUGAUCCGUUCUGAGAGAAUUCAGCUGUUCUGGGUGAAUCAGGCUGGUGUUACACUGAAGAUAUCAGACUCUAGAUAUCAGAUAUUAUUCUCAUCAAGACACUGUAUCAGCACUCUGUCUACAACACUCCUGAAUGAAGAUCACAACAGAGAGUGGAGAUGUGAAGUUACUCAAGUCAAGACGUCAGUCACAUAUACUGUCAGAUAUUCAGAUCCAGCAGAAACUGAAGUCAGAAGCACUGCUGGAUUAUUAUUCAGAGUGAUUGUGAUUAUUGUUGAGUUCGCAGUGUUUGCUGCUCCUACUGUGAUUCUUCUUCAGAUCAUCUGUGCAAGAAGAGCUGGGAGGAAGAACUCGCAGCACUCAGAGGAAAUAGUGAUGAAUAAAAUAUUAGAAUAAAAUACUCUCUACAAAUAACAGGCCAGAUUACAGCAAAAUUUAUCUUCAUGUCAGUGGAUAUUAUGGAUAUUUGCUCUAUAUACUGUACUGAAAGCGGUAAAUAAAAUAUUAAAUAUGGACAUCAACAGAACAAGAC